AUGCCACCCAACGAGCGGUCUGAGAAGCAGGCUGCCGCCCAGCAGGCGGUUGAUAUUCUUUAUGAGAUCGCCACCAUUCUCAACUGCCAUCUUGACCGCCGUACGCUAUCCAUCUGCAUCUCCAUGAUCGAGAACGGAGUGAACCCCGAGGCUCUUGCAGUAGGUCGCGCCUAUUCCUCCGUUGUCUGGGUCAUCAUGAAACCGCCUCAGAUUAUCUUCAAUUCCGUUGUUGUCUUUUCCACAAUUCCACUGGCUCACUCAUGCUCAUUCACUCCGCUCGCCUAG